AUGAAGGUUCUCGGUCUUAAGAAAUUGAAUGGAACCCCGACUAAAGAAAAGUUCCCGAUUAAUGAAUCAAAACAAGAUCAGAAAGCACAGCAAAAAUAUUUCAGGAAAAUAUCAACAACCAUAGUAGAUGAACAUAACCUUGACAACACAGUUGCAAAUCAAAUAAUCAGUUCAAGCCUUAACAAGAAGAACAAAAAAGAGCAGUGGAUAGUCAACGAAUGA